AUGGCAUCCCACGUUGUUGUCAUCGAUACAUCAUUUAGGCGGCAAACAGUCAAAGUCACACCGGGGAGCUACAUGGCAGAUGUGCUAGAUGAGGCUUGUAAGCACUUUGGCAUCAGAUCAAAGAACUAUGGUAUAAAACAUAACAACAAGCCUGUAGACCUCUCGAGAACCUUCCGACAAACCGGGCUCACCUCCGGGGCGAAACUCGAACUUGUCGUUGCCUCUCGGUCCCCUUCUGUUGUGUCAGUGGCAUUGCAAUUACCGGGAGCCUUAGCAUCGGCUGUCCCUGGCGGCAGGCUGACAGACAAGUUCCCAAGUGAUACAACACUAUGGCUUAUACUGCGGAAGUUUGAAUCCUCCGAAGGAAAGAAUUUAAAUUUUACUGGGAGAGGGGUAGCAAGUGUUGGGAAUGGCAGUACUGGGGCUGGGCGCAUUUGCUAUGAAAUGCCAACCGUGAAUGUUAUGGGUCGCGAGUUGUCCACCUUUGGUGAUCUCCAGAAGACACUCGCACAGCUGGGGUUGAAUAGUGGAAGUGGCCUUAUUAGACUUGGUUUCAAGAAGACGAUGCAACCUCUUGAGCAAGCCAUGGCUGAAAUCGAGCAAUAUUUCAAGGAGGCGGCGGUAGCUGAGCAGGCUCCAAACAGCCAACCCGCCCAAGUACUAGAGACUACUACGGAUUCUAUUGCCAAAAUUCAUUCUACGGAAUCCGUACCUAACGGCGAUCUUGGCAUGGCCGGCGUGGAAACCUUGCAAGACACACCCCAAGCUCCUUCGCCAUAUCAAGAACUUGCUGAACUGGCGCCCCGAGACUCGACUGUUGUAGCAUCGCCGAAAGAGGAAGAAAUUCUCGGCCCCAACCAACGCCCCAUUUCCGUCUACUCCGCGCCAUCUUCAGAUACACCUAAGGCGGCACUCAAUCCAUAUGUCGAAGAAGAUUACGAACCUACAAUUGUCCACGCCAAACUCCACCAAGCCCGGCUGCAGAACAACUCCCAUAACAAGCGAUUAUUAUCAGAUGCCGAAACUGAGCGUUUGGAAAGGGAAAAGGCUGAAAGACUAGCUGCUGCGAAAACCGUUUCCAUCAAAAUCCGCUUCCCGGAUCAGUCCACCAUCGUGUCUCCCUUUAAAUCACAAGAAUCGGGUGCAGAUCUUUAUAGAUAUGUCACAAGUGUGAUUGUAGCCGAGGCCCAACCGUUUAAGCUUGUUUGGACGAACAAAGGACCUCAAACAGUUCCAAGGGACGAGAAGAAGAAGCUAGCCAAAGAUUUGGGAUUUAACGAGCGGAUGCUAGUCAACUUUGUAUGGGAAGAUGGUGUCAGUAAUAGUGCGAAGAAAGGGCCUAUCUUGAAACCACAAUUUGCGCAAAACGCAAAAGAGAUACCCGUGCCACAGGUUGCGGUUUCCAAAGAGUAUAGUGGACCAUCAACAGUCGACAAGGGCAAGGAGACAGGAAGUGGAAGUGGAAGUCUAAUUCCAAAGGGAAUGCCUAAGUGGUUUAAGGGGCUUGGGAAGAAAUGA